AUGACGGAUAGCAUUGACUGGUUACAGAGCCAAAGCGGACUGUGCAAAGUCGAUCGCUACACCCCCAGUGACGAGGGGGAACAGACCUGGACAACUGAUUCUGCCAAACUUUUCCAGCAAACUGCCUCCGAUCCGAUCAAAGUCUUGAGCUGGCUCCGAAAAGAUCUGGAAAAGUGUGCAGUUGGGAUCGAAAAUGUGCUGAACGGCAGUAACAACACAGCAGAUACCACUUCCAAAGAGUCUCCAAGCACGCCGUCUCCAAGCACGCAGCAGGCCAUGCCGCAGCGCAACCUGCAUUCCCCUGGAGGCAUCAGCGUGUGCGAUGGGGAGUUCAGCGUGAACAUCAGCUCCAACCGGGCCUCUCCCACCUUCCACUUGGCGAUGAAGGCCACUUGCCAAAAGGAGACUGAGGAAAGUGGCAGGUCUACUUCACCAAACCUGAAUCCUGACCCCGAUGAAGUCUCUUAUUAUUGCAAUCGGCUUUCCAACCUUGCCAUAGCAAUGGCGCGCAAGGAAAUGAACGAGAGCGCAGACGGCAACACGUGCACCCAGAAGACCAUCUUCACGGCUGCUGGGGACCACGGCCACAGGUCUGUUGGGGUGGGUGCAGAGGAGAAGCACAAACCCACCAAGAUGGGAGAGUGCAAACCAGACGGGAGCCCCACGACUAAGCACAGGACCUUGUAUUACAAAGAGGAGAAUACGGAAAUACCUAACAAAAGUGAACCGUGCAGGGAUGGGAUGAAAGGUGGCGGCCGUCGGAAACGAGCCGGCAAUGACGAUUACACCAGCUCCAUGAGCAAAGGCAUACUGGUUUAUGCCAACAACGUUGUUUCAGAUAUGAUGGUCUCCGUUAUGAAGACGAUGAAAGUUAAAGUGAACGACUCCAACAUCGCUUGCGCAGUCCUGAAGAAGGUUCUGCUGAAGCAUUCCAAGGAGGUGGUCUCCGACCUGAUCGACUCCUGCAUGAAAAACCUGCACGACGUCACGGGAACCCUCAUGACCGACUCCGACUUUGUUUCGGCCGUGAAGCGGAGCCUCUUCACCCAAGGAAGCCAAAAGGCCACCGAGAUUGUCCAAGCCAUGCUGAAUCGCUUGCAUAACGCUCUGAUCGUGCAAAAGCAGGGGGGCGACAGGCCCAGGUCCCAAAGCAUGGCCUUUGCCAGUGUCAAGACAGGCGCUGAGGGGAAGUCUCAGAACAUGAGGUUUUCUGCAGCGAAAACCGAAUUGCGCAAAGAGAAAGAGAAGACUUGCGCCGAAACAGUCGGCAAUCACAUCCUGAAGGAGGGCCUCACCAUGUGGUCGAAAAAGAACGACCCCGGAGGACCCAACCCCCAGUCGUCCAAGGCCACAGGGGGCGCCCCCUGGAAUCCAGACAACCUGGACCCCUCCACAGAUUCUUGGGCACGAGACCUGAUUGUGACGGCUCUGCUCCUGAUACAAUACCAUCUCGUACAGCAGGAGAAUGCCAUGAAGGAUGCAGAAGGUGGGAGGUGCAGCAAGGCAGCAGGGACAUUUGGCUUUAUGGCCCACGAGAAAGGUAGUGGCGGCUCCCCCCCGCUUUUAGCAAGAUUGGGCGACCCAACCAAGCAAAGCGACGACGAACGGUCAGAGGCGAAUGCCGAAAGCGACAUGUCCGGUGUGAUAGUGAACCUUGUCCAGAAGCUCAUCAAUGAGACGGUCGGCAAAUUAGGAGGAAGUCCGGGGACUAUGGUGGCAGAAGAAGCAAGCAGGAACACCUGCAAAUACCUCGAUGGAGCAGGGCCCUCCGGCCUCUCGGAAACAGACCAUUCCUAUGAAGACGCCAUCUCCGGAUUGACCAAAAUGAUUCUGGAUCAGUUUGACAUUGACAGGAAGGAAGGAGGCAGCGGCCCCUUCAUCGACCACCUGGUGGAUACGGUUACAAAGCUGUGUCUCAUGAUAGCCAAAUACAGCAAUCCGGAGGCAGGUCUUGAAGACAUAGGAGAUGGAGAAGAUGCCGGUGGGACAAUGUAUUUCAAGGGCUCAGAGACAGAGGAAAGCCGUGUCGGGUCGCGCGAAGAGACUGCAUCCGGUCGCAAAGUGGUCGUGACCAACCAGAAUGCUCCGGAGAACUUGCACCACAAACAGCUCCAAGCCAUCCUUCAGUGGGUAGCGGCCUCGCAGUUAAACGUCCCUGUGUUGUACUUCAUGGACGACGAUGAAGACACCCUGAAUAAGCUUCAACAACUCUCCUCCUUGGCGGUGGAAAGGGGCUACAGCGUUGGGGAAGUCAUGCAAGCCGUGUUGAAAUACGAGAAGGAACGGCAGCUGGGGGAGGCCUUGGGCAACUUUGUGCGGCUGCCUGUACUAGACUGGCUGCUUCAGAACCUGUGA